CUCCUGGUUUUCCAGAGGAAAGGAGGAAAUAGAAAAGGAGGUGGAGUCUGCAAAGAAGGAGUUGGAGGAGCAGCUCAGGGAGGAGAAGAAGAAGAGAGAGAAAUCUGAGAAAGACCUGAAAGACCUGCAGAAUGAAAACCACCAGGUGACCAAAUUAAUGUCUGAAAGCCAGAAACUCAAAGAGGAGAAACAGCAGCUGCAACUUGACCUGGAUAACAUGAAAACAGAGUUGGAGGAGCAGCUCAGGGAGGAGAAGAAGAAGAGAGAGAAAUCUGAGAAAGAUCUGGAAGAACUGCAGUCUAAAAACAACCAGUCUGAGAAGCAGCUCCUGCAGGAGAAGAAACAACAUGAAGAAACUCAGAAAAAGUUAAAAGAGAUGCAGAUAAAAAACGAUCAGAUGCAGAAGCAGCUCCAGCAGAAAGAGGAAUCUGAGAGAUACAUGAAGAACCACAUCAGGGAGUUGGAGAAACAUGGUGGUGCCAGGUCCUCCUGGUUUUCCAGAAGAUCAAAGAAGCAGCAGAGACAUGAGGAAAUAGAAAAGGAGGUGGAGUCUGCAAAGAAAGAGAUGAUGCAGCUCCAGCAGGAGAAGAAAGAAAAAGAGGAAUCUGAGAGAAACGUGAAGGACCAGAACGAGAAGAUGGAUGGUCAGAAACCAUCAUGCAAAGCUGAACAGUCUGAUUUUAUGCAGAAAGCAUGGGAGAAAGUUGCCCAUCUGCAAUUUAUGCCCUAA